CGCCAAUCAGCUGUUGCGCGUCCAGCAGCCAUUUGCAGUCGGUUGUAGCGUCGCGGGUGUGAAGGAACGCGCUUCGUUUAUUAAGUUUAGUUUUAAGUUUAGCGCUUUUUACUUAAUGCCGGUGUCGCCCAAAAUAAGCAAGACACAGCAUUAGGCAACGGCAUUUUGUAUAUUUCAAUACGUUUAUAACACAAACAAACACACACACAACAUAAGGAUAAAAUGGGUCGUAGCCGCAGUCCCGCUUCACCCGCACACAGACGACGGGAAAAGGAGCGCACAGAGCGUAAAAAGAGACGCGAACGACGCUCAAGAGAAAGAGAAGCCAUCGGCGUUGGGAGCAGUAGCAGUCGCCGUGACCGUGAGCGUGACAGAAGUCGCAGCCGUGACCGGGAACGUGUGCGCGGCAGGCGUUCGAGAUCCCGUUCACGUGGUGGUGGCAGCAGUUCCGGGCCAUCCACAUCUCGUCGCGCCACACGCAACAAUUCGGCGGCUGCAGCUGCUGCGGAGCGUCCGCAGAUCAAUGAGGCUGAUCUGGAGGGUAAAUCGCCCGAGGAGGUUGAAAUGCUGAAGACAAUGGGAUUCUGCACAUUCGACACCACCAAGAACAAGAAGGUCGAGGGCAACGAUGUCGGCGAAGUGCAUGUGAUCCUCAAGCGCAAGUAUCGCCAGUAUAUGAAUCGCAAGGGAGGAUUCAACCGACCGCUCGACUUUGUCGCAUAGCCGGCAACUAGUUUACUUUUUUUUUACACUGCUACAUUUUUUCACGUUCUUUGUGCGUCGUUGUUACCCAGACAGACAGACGACGCCAAAGCAACGGACCUGCAAUUUUAUGCAAUAGACCGGUUUACAAAAUUUUUUAAAUUUGCCACACAAAAUUUUCCACCACAAUCACAGAGAAAGAAACCAUACACAAACACAACAUAUACAAAUACCUCAUGUAACAAGCUAGUUAUUUAGUAGUUUAAGACACUUACGUUGUUUUAAAAUUAGCUUUUGCGCGCCUUAAACAAAACGAAACAAACAAAAGUUAAUUUUACAACAAUGGCAACACCAACACCCUCCCACAAAUGUCACUGAAAGCGCAAUGCAAAAAAAUGUCCUAAAAAUUACCAAUUAAUCGAUUGUUUCCCAUAUUGUGGCAACACUUGUUGCUUGCUGUCAGUUAAAAUUUGAGAGUUUUGAUGCCGUUUGAGUUUUGAAUUUGCUUUCAGUUGCAUUUGCUGCAACGAUUAAUGCACACGAUUAAUGCUUUUUAAAUAUUUAAAGUAAUUACAAUUGUUUUUGUUGUCAGGAAUUCACUUACACAUAUACACGUAUAUGUAUUGUAAGCAUUUGGCGUUUGCAAAACCAAAAUCCUAUAUACGAAUUAACUGCAAAUUUAAAAUUGAACACACACUCACAUACACAAUUACUUAAAGUAUUUGAAAACAUACACACACACUCACACACAUAAUAUUCCUAUACCCUUGAAUCCUUUCCCAAAAACUUCCUCCAUACGCUGCAAUAGUACAAUUUUUACAACCAAACAAAUAUAUAUCAAAUAUAUAUUUUAUAUAUAGAAAAUUAAUUAUACACACACACACCAAGUACCUACAAAACCCAUAUAAUUCCCUACCGUUAAACCGAACUUAACAAUAGCCAUAGCCAUUUGUUUAAAAUGUUAUUUGUUUAAACAUGCAAAUUGUUGUCACUUUUUUUAUCUACUCAAGAAACCAACAGUUAAUUCAUUAAUCACAAGUGCCAAGUGAAUAAUUAGCAACAAAUCAGGCAAAUUAAACAAUCUUAAGUGCAGACGCGAAUGAAAUAAAUGUAAUCUUUUAUACUUUUUAUACUAAUAACAGUGAAUACGCAAUAGUUAUUAAUUUGGCAACUAAUAAUGAACUUGAAACAAGAUAUAAAUAAUUCGGCAAACUUACACACACAUACUUACAUAAUUUCUUAGUAGUUUUUAAUAUCAACGAAAUUGCAGGGACUUAUCAUAUUUAAUUAAUGCUAUUAAAAUAAAACUGAAUACAAAUAAAUGUAUAGAAAUGUAUAAUUUGACCAA